AUGGCCCAGCUCCGCCUCACCGACUUCUUCAGCCAGACAAAAGCGACCACCGGAGCCCCGGCCAAGCGCAGCGGCGGCCGCCUGCUCAAGGCCGCCCUCGCCGGUGCCCCGGUGCACCGGGAGGAGGAGGAGGAUGGUGUCCCGGCGGGGCUCAGCGCCCGCUCGCUGCCGCUGCCCGGUUCGCCGCGCACCCCGGCCCGCGGGGGCCGCCCGGCCCUGCGGGGCAUGGCGGGCAGGAAGCGGAGCCGCCGGGACAUGGAAGCGGAGUCGCCGGUCGGGGCCCGGCUCGGGGAACCGAGCGGGAAGUCGGCGCGGAAGAGGCUGGAGCUGCCCCGGGACGCGGAGCCGGGGUCUCCGGGAGCGGCCACCAGCUCCUCGCCUCUGGCCGCUCCUGGACCCCCGGCACCCCUGGCCCAGGAGCUGGCCGUGUCCCCCGCGGGCCGUGGGCAGGACGCGGGGCCAGAGCCCAGCCCGGCGCGGCGCCUGCAGCGGGAGGACGUGGCCGAGCUGCAGGGCCGCCUGCAGAGGAUGAGGACGCUGGGCCGGGUCCCCUCUGUCCCCAGCGGGACCGGCGGGGACCUGCGGAGCCGCCUGGAGCGCGUGCGGCAGCUGGAGCUGCGCGCCCGGCAGAGGAGAGCGGCCGCCGGGGACACCGGGGCGGCAGCUCCCGAGGGCCACACCGGCCAGCAGCCCCCGGCCUACCAGCGCUUCCACACCCUGGCCCAGGACCUGCCCCCGGGGCUGACGCUGCCCUACAAGUUCAGGGUGCUGGCGGAGAUGUUCCGCAGCGUGGACACCAUCGCCGGGAUGCUCUUCAACCGCGCCGAGACCGUCACCUUCGCCAAGGUCAAGCAGGGCGUGCAGGACAUGAUGCGCAGGCAGUUUGAGGAGCAGCACUUGGGGCAGAUCAAGGCUGUGUACCCCAGCUCGUACCGGCUGCGCCAGGAGAAGAACGUCCCCACCCUCAGCAGCGGUGGAAAGAAGUCUGAGUAUCAGCUCACACUGGAGCCAGUCCUGGGGGAAGAGGAGAAGGUGGAUGGGCGCCCGCACCUGUCGGCGUCGCGGCUGCUGGAGCGCCGGAGGGAAUUCCACCGCAACCUGGUGAACAUCGUCAGGGAGCACCACAAGGCGUUCCUGGCUGCCCUCAGCCCUCCCAUGGUGGUGCCAGAGGAGAAGCUGACCCGGUGGCAUCCCCGCUUCAACGUGGACGAGGUGCCGGACAUCAGCCCCGCGGAGCUGCCGCGGCCGCCGCGCGAGGACAGGCUGAGCACGGCGCAGGAGGUGCUGAGCGCAGCCCGGGGCAUGCUGAGCCCCAAGAUGGAAAAAGCUCUUGCCAACCUGGCGCUCAGAACGGCCGAAGCCAGCGCGGGGGAGCCGGCGCUUCCCAAAUCCCCGGCCCCCGCCAGCACCUCGGGCGCGCUCAGAGGGGUGUCCCAGGGGCUGCUGGAGCGGGUGCGGGCCAAGGAGGCGGCGCGGCUGGCGGCGCUGCUGACGCGGGACGCGCGGCAGGAGCGGCGGGCGGCGCGGCUGGCGCGGCUGCCGGCCAUGGCGCGCGUCCUGCGCAGCGUCUUCGUGGCCGAGAAGAAGCCGGCGCUCGCCAUGGAGCUGCUCUGCGCCCGCCUGGCCGACAGCUGCCCCGAGCUGGUGGCGCCCGGUGAGAUGGAGAAACACGUUCGGCUCUUUGCGGAGCUGCUGCCCGACUGGGUGGGCAUCCACGCCCUCAGGACGGACACCUACGUCAAGCUGGACAAGGAGAAGGACCUGGGCCUCGUCACCGAGAGGCUCCACAAGGCAGCCAAGGAGGCUGGAGCCCUCUGAGCCCCUCCGGGGUUGGGUUUUUUUCUGUGCAAUCUCCUCAAAAUGUAGC